AUGGUCCUUACUAUUCAGGGUUGUGGAGGUGUGCUGCUAACAUAUCUGGAUUGUGAAGAUGUGGUAUUCACUACUCUGGAUUGUUGUGGAGCUGUUGCAUCUACAACUUUGGAUUGUGGAGCUGUGAUGUUAACAUCUAUAGGUUGUGGAGUCCUGGUGCUUACUAUUGAGGGUUGUGGAGGUGUGCUGCUAACAUAUCUGGGUUGUGAAGAUGUGGUAUUCACUACUCUGGAUUGUUGUGGAGCUGUUGGGUCUACAACUGUCGAUUGUGGAGCUGUGAUGUUAACAUCUCUUGGUUGUGGAGACAUGGUGCUUACUAUUGAGGGUUGUGUGUGGAGGUGUGUAACUAACAUAUCUGUGUUGUGAAGAUGUGGUAUUCACUACUCUGGAUUGUUGUGCAGCUGUUGGGUUUACAACUGUGGAUUGUGGAGCUGUGAUGUUAACGUCUAUAGGUUGUGGAGUCAUGGUGCUUACUAUUGAGGGUUGUGGAGGUGUGCUGCUAACAUAUCUGGGUUGUGAAGAUGUGGUAUUCACUACUCUGGAUUGUUGUGGAGCUGUUGCGUCUACAACUUUGGAUUGUGGAGCCAGGAUGUCAACGUCUAUAGGUUGUGGAGUCCUGGUGCUUACUAUUGAGGGUUGUGGAGGUGUGCUGCUAACAUAUCUGGAUUGUGAAGAUGUGGUAUUCACUACUCUGGAUUGUUGUGGAGCUGUUGGGUCUACAACUGUGGAUUGUGGAGCUGUGAUGUUAACAUCUCUUGGUUGUGGAGACAUGGUGCUUACUAUUGAGGGUUGUGUGUGGAGGUGUGCUGCUAACAUAUCUGGGUUGUGAAGAUGUGGUAUUCACUACUCUGGAUUGUUGUGGAGCUGUUGGGUUUACAACUUUGGAUUGUGGAGCUGUGAUGUUAACCUAUAUAGGUUGUUGGGUCAUGGUGCUUACUAUUGAGGGUUGUGUGUGGAGGUGUGUAGCUAACAUAUCUUGGUUCUGAAGAUGUGGUAUUCACUACUCUGGAUUGUUGUGGAGCUGUUGCAUCUACAACUUUGGAUUGUGGAGCUGUGAUGUUAACAUCUAUAGGUUGUGGAGUCCUGGUGCUUACUAUUGAGGGUUGUGGAGGUGUGCUGCUAACAUAUCUGGAUUGUGAAGAUGUGGUAUUCACUACUCUGGAUUGUUGUGCAGCUGUUGGGUUUACAACUGUGGAUUGUGGAGGUGUGGUGUUAACGUCUAUAGGUUGUGGAGUCAUGGUGCUUACUAUUGAGGGUUGUGGAGGUGUGCUGCUAACAUAUCUGGGUUGUGAAGAUGUGGUAUUCACUACUCUGGAUUGUUGUGGAGCUGUUGCGUCUACAACUUUGGAUUGUGGAGCUGCGAUGUUAACGUCUAUAGGUUGUGGAGUCCUGGUGCUUACUAUUGAGGGUUGUGGAGGUGUGCUGCUAACAUAUCUGGAUUGUGAAGAUGUGGUAUUCACUACUCUGGAUUGUUGUGGAGCUGUUGGGUUUACAACUUUGGAUUGUGCAGCUGUGAUGUUAACCUAUAUAGGUUGUGCAGUCAUGGUGCUUACUAUUGAGGGUUGUGGAGGUGUGCUGCUAACAUAUCUGGGUUGUGAAGAUGUGGUAUUCACUACUCUGGAUUCUUGUGGAGCUGUUGCGUCUACAAAUUUGGAUUGUGGAGCUGUGAUGUUAACGUCUAUAGGUUGUGGAGUCCUGGUGCUUACUAUUGAGGGUUGUGGAGGUGUGAUGCUAACAUAUCUGGGUUGUGAAGAUGUGGUAUUCACUAUUGUGGAUUGUUGUGGAGCUGUUCAGUCUACAACUGUGGAUUGUGGAGCUGUGAUGUUAACGUCUAUAGGUUGUGGAGUCCUGGUGCUUACUAUUGAGGGUUGUCAGGUAUGCUGCUAACAUAUCUGGGUUGUGAAGAUGUAGUAUUCACUACUCUGGAUUGUUGUGGAGCUGUUCGGUCAACAACUGUGGAUUGUGGAGCUGUGAUGUUAACAUCUCUUGGUUGUGGCGUCAUGGUGCUUACUAUUGAGGGUUGUGUGUGGAGGUGUGCUGCUAACAUAUCUGGGUUGUGAAGAUGUGGUAUUCACUACUCUGGAUUGUUGUGGAGCUGUUGCGUCUACAACUUUGGAUUGUGGAGCUGUGAUGUUAACGUCUAUAGGUUGUGCAGUCCUGGUGCUUACUAUUGAGGGUUGUGGAGGUGUGCCGCUAACAUAUCUGGAUUGUGAAGAUGUGGUAUUCACUAUUCUGGAUUGUUGUGGAGCUGUUGCGUCUACAACUUUGGAUUGUGGAGCUGUGAUGUUAACGUCUAUAGGUUGUGGAGUCCUGGUGCUUACUAUUGAGGGUUGUGUGUGGAGGUGUGCUGCUAAGAUAUCUGGGUUGUGAAGAUGUGGUAUUCACUACUCUCGAUUGUUGUGUAGCUGUUGCGUCUACAACUUUGGAUUGUGGAGCUGUGAUGUUAACGUCUAUAGGUUGUGGAGUCCUGGUGCUUACUAUUCAGGGUUGUGGAGGUGUGCUGCUACCAUAUCUGGAUUGUGAAGAUGUGGUAUUCACUACUCUGGAUUGUUGUGGAGCUGUUGCAUCUACAACUUUGGAUUGUGGAACUGUGAUGUUGACAUCUCUUGGUUGUGGAGUCAUGGUGCUUACUAUUGAGGGUUGUGUGUGGAGGUGUGCUGCUAACAUAUCUGGGUUGUGA